AUGGAUAAACUGUUUGUUAAGUUUGUUGUCCCAGCUGUGCUCUUUCUGUUUGGAAUUGUGUCUAUUCUACUCCUGACUGUAUCUAUACAUGAAAUGAGAGAGCCACCACAGUACAUGUAUGGGGUUGUGCUGGACGCUGGCUCCUCACACACUGCCUUGUACAUCUACAGAUGGCCGGCGGACAAAUUAAAUGGCACAGGCGUGGUCACCCAGCACAGCGAGUGUCAUGUCAAAGGAGGAGGAAUCUCUAGUUAUGCUGGGCAGCAGGGUGCAGCGGCCCACAGCCUUGAGGCGUGCUUGAAGCAGGCCAUGCGCGACAUUCCCCCAGACAGACAUCAUCGCACCCCUGUGUAUCUAGGAGCUACUGCUGGCAUGAGACUUCUGAAAAUUACCAAUCCUGACAAAGCAUCUCAGAUUCUUCAAGAAGUCAAACAAAAAAUCAAAUCCUUUCCUUUCAACUUUCGAGGAGCUGUAAUUUUGAGCGGUCAAGAAGAAGGGGUUUACGGUUGGGUCACUGUCAACUACCUUCUUGAAAACUUCAUAAAGUAUGGCUAUGUGGGCCGAUGGCUUAACUCUGGCAGAAAAACAGUCGGAGCGCUGGAUUUAGGUGGGGCGUCCACACAGAUCACCUUUGAGACCCCAGAAACAGUUGAGAACGAGUUGAACAGCAUGACCAUGCGUCUCUAUGGGCAGGAGUAUUCCCUCUACACGCAUAGUUACCUGUGUUAUGGUAAAGAAGAGGCUCUGCACCAGAUCCUGGCCUACCUGGUUGAAUCGCAGGGUAAUAUUAGCAAAGUGUACCAUCCCUGCUACCCAUCUGACUUCACUGAUGUCUUCAAGCUGGAGCAAGUGUUUGACUCUCCUUGUACAGUGUCUAAGAGACCCAAACCUUACAACCCUCAUUCCUGGAUCAGGGUGCAAGGCACCGGGGACUACCAAAGCUGCGUUGGCAACACUUCUAAUAUAUUUUCCUUCCAGUUCUGCCCCUUUUCUCAGUGUUCCUUUAAUGGAGUUUUCCAGCCCAACAUCAGCGGGGGCUUCAUGGCCUUCUCUGCUUAUUUCUUCACUCACAGUUAUCUCCAGCAAAGUACAGGGAUAAACAUCAGAACCUCUACUCAGCUAGAGGAGGCUACCAAAGCUGUGUGCAAUAUGACCAUAGAAGAGAUGACCAAGAAAGCUCCUGACUUGAAAAAAUACCUGAAGGAUUACUGUGCAGUUGCAGUGUAUAUACAAGUGCUAAUGCUUAGGGGUUAUAACUUUGAUGAGAGUUCUUUCCAAAAUGUUGCUUUUCAGAAAAAGGCAGGUGAGGCGUCUGUGGGCUGGGCUCUGGGUUAUAUUCUCAGUGUGAGCAGUCUUCUUCCAGAAGAACCUGCAGGCAUCAGGAAGGGCUUGUGUCCUGCAGCAUGGCUUGGCUUGUUGAUUCUCCUAACCAUCCUCCUCAUUGCCACUUUCUGUUACAUGGCUCUAGUGAUUCGGAGGAAACGGAGUGAUGACGUUGUCUCAUAGCUCACUGCUAUGCCUACAGUUGUUCUAUGUGUUUGGACAGACUCCACAAAAAUGUAAUGUUUGCAUGAAUAAUGCAUUCAUACUGUACUGUCUGUGCUAAUAUUGCAUCUAAUUUAACAGAAAAUUUGUUUGUUUUGCCAAUGACAAAUUUUACAGAAAGACAUCAAAACUAGUUAGGAAAUUAAAUUGAGGCACAACAUGAAUAACACUAAAUAAUAUUAUAUAUCGGUAUACUAUGGUAUAUCUGAUACCAGCACUGUUCUAUUGUACAAUCUCAGUUUUAACAGA